CAUAAUCAAGCAUUUGGUGAGUGAAAUCAAAUAAAAGCCUCUGACAAACCCUGUUAUUUUUCAAACUCAGUAAGGACCCCGCAUGCAGGGUGAAAUCUGCCCGUGUCCUGGCAUAUGGUGCAGUUUAAGCCCUAUUUUGAGGGUUCAGGGAGACCUUCCUGAUUCAUAGCUCUUGUGUUGGUUCUUUCCAUAUGGAUGAAGUCCCCCCCAUAUACAUCGGUGAUUCAUACAUUAGAAGUCACCCUCCUAAGGGAAUCCUCUAGAAAACUACCAUCAUAUGUAUUACUCAAUGGGGGAGACUCACCAGCUGCACUGAAAUGUCAGAAGGGUUUGCACAGCUGACGAGUUGCUGAAAACGGAGCAUGGCAGCAUCUCCAUAAAUUCUCUUUAUCCAGCCAAGUGCAGCUUAAUAUAGACUUAGCAUAAGCCUUAGUUCCACUGUCUCCCUCUCACACUAAGAUCAAACACUGCCACAGUUCAUGACAGAAACAUUAAGCUGGUGAUUUUAUAGAGCACAAUACUGUUGGUCGGAUAGGUUGUUGCCUUUUUUUUUUAACUAUUUUUUUCUAGGGAAAGAACAAAGACAAUGUCUGAAUACAGCCAAAAUUCAGACCAAGAGGUCUACUCUGAAGACAUCGAUGAAGAUGAAAUCUUAGCAAACUUAUCUCCCGAAGAGCUGAGGGAGCUACAGAGUGAAAUGGAAGUCAUGGCUCCGGACCCACAAGUGCCGGUGGGAAUGAUACAGAAAGACCAGACCGAGAAACCUCCAACGGGGAACUUCGACCACAGGUCUCUCGUUGAUUAUUUGUACUGGCAGAAAGCAUCAAAACGUAUGCUGGAGGAUGAGAGAGCUUCGGUCACCCUCUUGGCGUCUGAGCGAAACACUGCAGACAAAUUUGAAGAAAAUACUGAUGAUGCAGAGGAUAUCACUAAGGAGGAAUUGCCAGGAGAUGCUACAGAAGCAGAUGGAAGAGAAAGAUAUUACAGAAAUGAGCAACUAGGAAAGUUUUAUUCAGCAAAGCAAUCAGGAGAAACAAACGAAGACAGAAACGAGGAGGAGGAGGAGGAGGAAGAGGAGGAGGAAGGGGAAGAGGAGGAGGAGGAGGAAGGGGAAGAGGAGGAGGAAGAGGAUGAGGAGGAGGAAGAGGAUGAAGAAGAAUCAGGAACGAAGGAGCUACAUGGAGAUGAAAAUAGCAAUAGUGACCAGAUGACAGAGAAAAAAACAGGUACAGACUCAGGGGAAACUUCAGAGAAGCAAGAAGAAAAUGAGAAGAAAAUAUCAAAGUUAAACCUUCCUAAAAAGUUGGCUCUAGAUACUAGCUUCAUGAAGAUAAGUGCAAGGCCUUCAGGGAAUCAAACCAAUUUAGAAGCGAGUUUGGAGAACGUCCGGAAAAACAAUCCAGAUAUCACAGAGCUCAACCUGAACAACAUUGAAAACAUCCCAAAGGAAAUGCUGAUAGAUUUUGUCAAUGCCAUGAAGAAAAACAAGCACGUCAAAACAUUUAGCUUAGCCAACGUGGGUGCGGACGACACCGUUGCGUUUGCUCUGGCCAACAUGUUGCGUGAAAACAGGAGCAUCACGACCCUAAAUAUUGAUUCUAACUUUCUCACGGGCAAAGGCAUCGUUGCCAUCAUGCGAUGCCUGCAGUUUAAUGAGAGGCUGACUGAGCUGCGUUUUCACAACCAGAGGAACAUGCUGGGCCAUCAAGCAGAAAUGGAGAUCGCCAGGCUCUUGAAAGCCAACCCUACCCUGCUGAAGAUAGGCUAUCACUUUGAAGUUCCCGGCCCCAGGAUGGUUGUGACCAACCUGCUCAGCAGAAAUCUUGACAAACAAAGACAAAAAAGACAAGAGGAGCAGAAACAGCAGCAAUUAAAAGAGCAGAGGGAGUUGAUCAGCAUGUUAGAGAAUGGAUUUGGGCUGCCUCCUGGGAUGUGGGAAAUGCUAGGAGGGCCAAUCCCUGAUCCGAGGAUCCGUGAGCCAAUAUGUGCCCCCAAACCACCUGUUCCCCAACCCAUGCCUAUUAGCAAAAGAAAGGAAGAAAGACACACAAGAAAGCCAGCCCCUGAACCACAGAAGGAAACGUCCUCCUUCCGAGUCAUUAAGCUGAAGAAGAUCCAGCGCAAACCCUCUGUGAAGCCAUAUGUGGAGCCCCCUGAAAAAACCAAUCUCAAAGACGUGAUCAAGACGCUUAAACCAGUUCCGAGAAGCAGACCGCCUCCUCUGGUGGAAGUAAGCCCGAGAGAUCAGCUGUUAAAUGACAUCCGUCAGAGUAACGUCGCUUAUCUUAAACCGGUGCCCCUGCCAAAGCAGCUCGAGUAAGAGACCAGAAUGACGUGAAGAAAACAACCUGAAAUAAGGACUAUUCAAGUUUUGCCUUUAAUGGUUUCAAAGGAGGUUUUCUUCAGAAGCCAGGUGGUAGAUAACGAACACAUGGGAACAAUGCUUGCAAAGUGCAGUUCGUUUAAGCGAUGAAGGAAGAGGCUGGAAUGGAAACAGUCAAAACUAAGAGGAUUGCCACUGGAUAUUGAGUAACAAUGAGGCCCUCAUACAAUCUCUAUCUGCCAGCUGGACUUUGGCUUCCAGUUUGUUCAUGGGUAUUUUCUUAGAAGCAACAAUAACCUUACAGCCUGUACAGUUUAGCUCUAUUGCUUCUAUGGUAUCUUCUGCUAUUAUUUUUUCCAGAAACCCAGCAGCCUAUAACAAAUGGUCCUCUUUUACACAUACAAUUUGCUUUCUUUACACUGUUCUUUGCCACGGCUAGUCAUUUUUUUUUUUAAGUUCUAGAGAAGUGAGUAGAGGUCCUCUCCAUGAGAAAGCACGCUGAAGCAUUCACUUGCACACCAAGUGGCAGCUGUCCUGAGGACAGGUUAUCUGCCAUCUCUGUAGAAAAGCAAGAGCUUAAAAAGCACGCAAAAACCCAAAGAUCUGAUGGUUUCAAACUCCACCUAUCCCAGAAUAACUGAAUAACUAUUCUCCAACCAUUUGGGUUGGUCUGAUAAAAGAUAUCAAAUUCACCCAAGGAACCUUGUCUACAUCCCAGAAUGCAUUUGGACAAGUAGUCUAUCCUGGGCAACAGUUAAAAUAUGAAGCCAGGACUUUUGGGGAACGAUGCAAUCCCUUUUCCUCCUCCUCCGGGUUUUUCUCGGUCCUCGUUACCAUCGAUUCACUUCUCAGCCCCCCGUGCUUGAGGCUGCAUAUUGCGGUCACCUGCCAAACGAGACCAGGAAAGACCCGUUGCAGAUGUCCCUCAGCUCUGCUCCAUAUAGGACGAAUGCUUGAGUCUUGCCAGGCUUUUUCAUUUGGGGUUUAGCAGACUGCCGAUGCAAAACAGGUAGUCCCUUCUAGCUGGGAGAGGGAACAGCGCUGUCCUCUUGCAUGGCAUCGCAGAGCCCAGCUUUGCACAACUUGAUGUUUUUUAAAUAGUUCCUGGAAAUAGUUACCCUCCCCACCCUUUUACACAAGCGGAGAUGAAACCUUGCUUCGAGCCCUGGUUGUCGAGCACUGACAAAACGUGCCGAGAAAGGGAGAUUUCCCAUGCCAGGCCCUCCUCGGUUGAUCUGUCACUGAUCUUUCCCCCACAUUCCUCCUUUUUGCUAACAGGUGCAUUUUUAUAUCCCAGUCUUUUUGUCUGUACAACUUCAGCGAGCUCUUUCCUUCCCAAGGACACAGGUCUUGUUGGUUAUUCUCACAGCUACACCCUUUUUGUUCUGCUGGAUGCUGUUUCCUCCCCGCGUGCUUAAAACUCACCUUCCGCCGCUCUUGAAUAGUUGCAACUGGCCUAUAUCCUCUCCUGUCCUUGGGGAUCUUCUUCUGUCGUUCCAUGUUCCCUUUUCCUGUAUUUGUCAGCAUCCUGCAUUUCUUCCCACCCUACCUAAACUUUCUCCCUAGCUGAUCUCAUUUCUUUUGCUCUCCCCCUGCUCUUAGCUUCCUAUUACGCUGCCCCUGUACCCCACCCUUUGCCAUGCAUCAAAGCUCUUCACCUCCAAGUCUGUCCCAGAGGUGCUCCCUUCCAACCUCACUCGACUCUCCCACGUACUUCAAGUGGAACAGCUCAAUUGCAAACUUUGUAGGGGUGAGGGGAAGGAUCUUCCCAUUUGUCAGACGUAUACAUUUACAGAACGAUACAUGACUUAAUCGGGAUAUUUAAGAUGGUGCCUGUGGAAACUCUCUGUGUAAAAGUAGCUUUAUUGCAUCUCACUUCAGAAUGUAAAAAUAAUGGGGGAGAAAAAAAGUGAACUGGGCGGUGUACUUGUAUUGUCUCUUUGUCCAGUUUUUCUAAAUAAUGGAUACAGGCGUAGACUCCUCAGACUAAUUGUGCCCCAGCCAACUGAUUGAGAAGGACCCAAGAUGGUGCCAUGUUUUCCUUGACAAUUCAUCAGCCAGGACUGGUCUAGGACUUGGUGGUGGUCUCGAGGCAGAGGUAUGCUCAUCAUAACUCCAGUUUUGUAGAAACUCCUUCUCCCUGGCAGCUAAGCAGUUGUUACCAUAACCCUCUGUCCCUGGAGUUUCUCUAGGAGGGAAGCCUCCUGGGGACUGCUAUUAUUUUACCAUUUUCUGAUGUCUACUACUUGUAGGAUAAGUAGAAAAAAGGUGUUGGGGGAAGUGGGUAAAAAGAAAGCAAACAGAGCUUUGUCCUGCAUUGUGAAAUGCUCUGGGAAGGGACAGCAACCCUUGAUCUUUCCAUUCAGAGAUUAGAAGGAAAAGUCACUUACUGCUUCUGUUGUAGUCUAGUGAAAGGCCACAUGCUCUUAUAGUUUUGAAUCUGUCACCUGGAUCUGGACCAGACUGGCAACAUAAAUGAAAAUGGCCCAUCUCACGCUUCAUUUAGCCACUUCUCAAGCAUCAAUGAGGAACUUGCAACAGGAUCUAAUAAGGCUUCAAGAAAGGAGUAUGGCCAGGAGGUAGGUUUCAAUACAGGGAGGCAGGGUAGAUAAUAGCUGCUGUUCUGCAGAAGGCAGCAUCUAAGGUAGCUUGGGCACCAGAAGUUUUAUGCCACACUCAUUCAGAAAGCAUGGAGAAGCAGGUAAGCCCCGUUAUACCCCAUUCUGUCUACGUGCUAUUUUGUCUUGAAGCAGUGAUCCUAGCAGCAUAUCCCUCACUGGCCAGGCCCCCACAGCAUGAGCAACUAUUAAAUGCCCUUUGGGUUUCUAUAAUUACUGCUGCCAUGGUCAUGCCACUCCUAGGAGAAGUUCUGGAUAGUGGGUUUAGGGUGCUUCUGCUCCACCCCCACUUCAAAAUGUUAGCAUAUUUUAAAUUAAAAUAAGAUGCACUUGCAGUUUCACUUGUUAAACUUUAUUCUUCACAACUGUGAUUUUUUUUUUUUAAAAUGCUACAAUUUAACCAUGAUGGCAGAAGCUAGCAUUUCUUCUGUAAUGCACGUAUGGAAAUACUCAUCAAAACUAAAGACAAAAGAAUAAGGAGCAGGCCCUUGCUUCUUAUCCUGGAAUAUAGAGACAUGCUUAGAAUAAAUACUGAUCAUUUCAUAAUGUUUGCAUGGAAUGAGGUGGUUCAGGCUUCUAGAACAAAUAGGUGCAAGGGUUAUAUACACUUUCUGAAGGCUUUGGAGGGGGAAAGUCUACUUUAUCCACAAUGUAGGGUGGAAAAACAAUUACAGCUCCAUACUUCACACAGAGGUGAUACACACAAGAGGGAUGGCCCCACACCCCUAUGCCACGUUAAACUGGACAACAUGUUUUCCUGGCAUGAAGUUUAGACAAUUCCUGAACUUAUGAUGGCACUCAGAACUGGCAUUUCAAGCUAAAAGUUUACUGGAAAAAAACCAAAACACUGAAGUGGUGCAUGCAGUUUCUUGCAAAAAUUUGGAAUGGGUUCUAGAAGUGUGUGCAUCUAUUGAUUUAUUGCUUUUAUUCGUAAACCUGAAGUUGAGCCUCCUUUCCCUUGAGCAGUGCCAGAAGCAAACACGUUAAUUAGUAAGAUCUGUAUUUUAGCUUGCGUUGUUGUUUCUCCGCUCUCGAGAAGAACUAGACAAGAGAUUUUUUCAGAACGCCAAAUAGGGCGGAAUCCUUGCUAUAAGCAAGAUUUUAUUAAACUGCAAAAUCCUGGCUCUGCUGAAGUGAACAGCCCAACUUCCAGAGAGUCCACUAGAACAAGGGCCUUGCUGAGAUACGAGGCUGACAUGCCUCUCCUACAUGCGCUUUGUGGAAUUUGCAUUGUUCCAUUCAGAUGUGCCCACGACACGGGGAAUAGUCUGACAUGUUAACGAUAGUUCAAAAUCUAAAUGGGUAUUGAAAAAAAAAAAAAAAAAAAAAAAAGAAAUAUUAAA